CUAAGUUUCUUCUGGCUCGAUUUUCUUGGGCCACAUGAUAAUAAAAUGUUAAAAGUUCGACCCAUGUGAUUGACUAAACGGCGACGUGGUGAAGGGCGUGUCCUACGCAGGCUGCCGUAGACAAGCGCGUCUGGACUGGCCGAGGAGUACAGCUGUUUCCGGCCUCCAGCCUCGGAUUACCGGCUGGUGUCUGGUAGUCCGGAGUCACAGAAUACAAAGUAACAAGACCGGAAAAAUGAAAUGCACAGAGUGACCGGCGUGCUUUUAAGGAGAAGCGAGAAGACUAACAAACUGGGCACGGAUCAGAAACAAAUGCCGGAAGCGAGCGCUGGGAUAGAGUGAGAUGCAUUAAACGGGCAAAGGAGAAUGCAGCGGGACAAAGGCUGUCGACAAAGAAGCCACGCCACGGGGAAUAUCUGACUUUUGCGCUCAGUGAAGGAUGAUCUGGAGAAAAGACUCCUGCGUAUGACAUUGGGACUGCCUUAUCAAAAGUUUAUGAAGACCUUUGAACUGUAAAAUAUAAACAGUAAGAGUCAACGCAGUUGCGACUUUGAAGAAGUUAUGUUAUCGAAAAGAAGCGUAUCGCACGAAACGGGAAAGUAAGUUUCUCUUCGCUUACCUCAUAUACAGUUGAUACUUUGAAGCUUUCACCUGCAAGAUGAGCACACAUUUAUCAUAAUCAAGGCCGCGUCCUACGAAUCAAUGGACAACUCUUUCACUGACACGGGAACGGACUUAAUUCAGAGGAAGUCCUUUAUAUUUUUUGUCCUUUUUUUGUUUGCUCAAAGUCCUCUUUUAACCGUUAAUGUACACCGAGCAGUACAAAGAAGCCUUUAAAACAUCAGUUAGAAACUGCAGUUAAAUGCAUGACAAGUGAAGAAUACAAAGCAAGGUGACAGCAUUCGUUUGCGUACGUGUUUACAUAAAAAUAGAACUAAAAUGACCACUGUGUUUAGUAGAUUCGUGACUUGCAGCCUUUGCGUAAUAGUUUGUUAAAAAGAAUAUUUGAAUCACUCAGGCCAGUCAAUUACUUUUUAAUCGACAGCUCCACAUGCAAGUAAGAGAAUUCUGAGACGUAGGGCGGGGGCGAAAGUGCACAGCUGUGAGACGGGUGGAUGCCCGCAGAUAUUUUUUUUCUGUCGCAUACAUUACCAGAAAAACCGGACAGUGACGAGGUUUGGGGGGUGAAAUAAGCUAUGAAUGAUAAGGUUUUUGACAUCCGAUAGAAACUUUUGAUCGACAAAUGUGAACAAAAGCUCAAGACAGAGCCAAAUACGGUGAACAUUUUAUCUUUAUUAUAAAUCUGUGGGAAAGGCUGUCAGAUAUUACUGGUACAUCUGAUAAAUGUGAAAGUUGUUUAGCGAAGCAUUAGAUUCCAUAAACUGUGAGACUGUGCUGCAUUUUAGGUUUAUGAAGAAAAAACUGUUUUUUUAAAUUGUUCUGUCAAUCGCCCAAUAUUUAAAGACAAUCCAGAAAAAAGGGACAAAACCAGAAAAAACAAAUGAAACGCAUGUUUUAGAGGUAACUAACUAACGUAGCCCCUUUAUCACAACUGUUUACUAGAUCAUGUUUGUUUCCUUGUAGAUCCUUAUAAUUUUGUAAUAGUUUUGAUAUAUAGAGUUUUAUGUAAUACUUUGUAAAGAUAUAUAUUCUAAAUACUGAGUUUUGCCAUAUAUAAACACAUUUUUGAACAGCUGUCAUUUUGAACACUUAGCGCAUUCCUUUGUUCGUUUUCUUUUUUAAGCCAGAUAAAUAUGGCCCGAGUGCGUUAAUUCUGCGAUCGGCAAUUGAAGUGUCAGGCUUUUUGGCAAAUUCAAGCAGCAUCAAAUGGAGACGAUAUAACAUGUUAAAACGCUAUAUAAAAGCACAAAAAGAGGGUUUGUACCAGGCUAUUAUUAGAACAUUUAAGUUCCAAUGGCUGAAGGACAAAGAAUCCUUUCAGCCAUGAAAUAAGUUGAGGGAGAGAAGGUCAAGUAUUAUAAGAAAGAAAAGGCUUGCAUUAUAUGCUUAAUGAUUUCAACAUUUACUCUAAAUAAAGUCCGGAAGUUAAAAAUAACAAAGGUGAUUAUCUAAAACGAUAUUUAAGGACACUAAGUAAUAUUUAGAAGACAAUAUAUAUAUUUUUCUUUUUGAGAAUAGUAGUAUGUUAUGUAAGGCUAGAGUAUAUAAAAGCAGGGGAAUGAGAUGCGUGUUCUAAAAAGGAAAGAGGGCACAUAAAGAAAAUUCAAAUAUAAAGCUGUAAGAAAAAACAAAAGCAAUUUGGUGUGUGCAAUUUUUUGGUUUGUAGUCUAAAAUUAGAAAAGCAGAGCAGAACUGUAAGUAGUUAAAGUUACUCAUUAGUUAAAACAAGUUAAAAGACAGCCUUGAGAAAAACAUGCAAUUUGAGGAUGGCAAGCACAAUGGUACUUUACAAGCAAGGAUUUCAUUGUUUUGUUUUUUUAUUAAUUUUUUUAAAUAUUUGUUUACUUUCAGUGAGUUUUGCGUAAACGCCUAACCAGAGAAAUCUUAAAGAACAUUCAACUUAUGUUUAACUGACCAAACACAUUGGAUGUGUGUUUUCUAAAGUUCUAUUUGUUAAAACAAUGUCAGAGAAAAUGGCAUUAUUUGGACAAGCCUGGGGUUUAUUUAAACCCUUAUUUGCCUAUCGCCCUUGGGGUGUCAAAAAUAAAGAGAAAAAUAUGGACAAAGUGCUGGAGCAAAAAAUGGCUGACAAACAAAGUCUGGUGCAUUUGGAAAAAAUGCAGUCGCCAAGUGCCACAGUAAUUGAAACAAGAUACUCUUGGAGGUGGUGGUAUAUGCCUGAUUUUGGCAGAUGGAUUUGGAGAUUUCCCAAGAAAGACCCAGACUCUAGCACUGCACCUUCAGUUGAAGCAGACUCUAAACCUACAGAGUUGUCUGGGACUACAUUCUCUGCAGCUCCAGUACCCCCGGAUUCGACUCCCCUGCCAAAAAGUGCCAGAUGGGAUAACGUCGUUCUUCCAGAGCAUUAUGAGAUCUGUUUUAACUUCCUGCGGCAUCUGUUUGACAUGUUUGUGGUUGGAUUCUUAUGUGCCAGCUCGCCUGUAGUAAGGGUCAUCUUGGACAUUUUUGGAUUGAAAGGAGCACUCAAACUUUGGCUGCAUGGGAUGGUAUUGUUCCUGGUAUCAACAGUUGGCAUGGCUUUCUUACUAUGGGUUGUCCAGACUUAUCUUCCCCAGUUUGCUUUAAUUUAUGGUGUGGUGCAGGCUCUGGUUAUUUCAGUCAGCGUCAGACAGAGGUAUGCUAUAGAAAAGCACAACAAUUUGCAUGAUACAUUGGACGAUGUCUUCGAGAAUGAAGGAAGGACUGAAAUCAUUUCAUAUUAUAGUGAAGAUGAAAAAAGUGAAGAGCAGGAGUAUGAACUGAACUUAUCAAAAACAAGGAAAGCGCCACGUGAACAUCCUGAAAAUAUUCCUUGUGAAAUAUUAUCCAACGUGUGAACUUCACUCUGCAGUUAAUUCGCUCACAACAAAACGCUUCACAGUGUCCUGAAAUUUUAUUUUUUAGUGCUGAAGUUUUUUUUUUCUCUUUAAACUAUUUUAUCUCUCACAACCACUUAGCAUAGAAUUUAUGCUACACUGCAAUGGUUAAUUUUCAAUCACUCUGUUUUUAAAAAAAAAAAAAAACUUUAAUUUGUUUUAACAGAUAUAUUUUCAUUGUCUGUUUUUGUUUUCUUUUUUAAGAGCGGUACUGGUUUUUGCAGAUAAUUAUAUAAAACCUAGUGAUUAGCUAUAACAGUAUUACAUGGAAAUCAUUUUUUGUUUUCUGAGAAAUGUUUGUCUUCACUUUCUGCCAGUAAUAGUACCAAUUGCACCAUUAACACUCCGUGUAGUUUUCUCUGGUGCUAAAUGUCGGACUUAAGCGUGAGGUACUCUGAAAUACUGAAUGUUUAUGCUACACUUUUACAAUCAUGUCAUUGACAAACUAAUACAAAGUCAGUGUCCACAUAAAUCUAGUUUAUGCUUCCAUACUGUGUUACUGACUGCUUUACAGAUUUGGUAAAUGCUGCUGAUUUGAAUAAACUCCUUUGUCAUCCCGUUUCUUUCACUUGAUGAUCAUAAAAACAAUUCUUUGCAUUUAUUUAGCACAUUUUUCACUCCUAAAAGCGCUUUCCACACAAGGAGGACCUGGGAACCGAACUUGUAGUCUCUUUACUACAACACUCCCUGUUUUAAUUACUUGGUGGUGCCACAUUACUACCAAAAGUGGAGUUAAAAAAAAAAAAAAAAACUGUUAAAUGUGCCUUGAUUACACUGAUAUGAGAAAAUUACAUAAUAUAAAAGCCUUUAUGCAAAUAAUUUCUUAUUAUGAGAAUAGAUUUGACUAUCUUAGUAUUUUUUACUAAUUUCUUUGUCUGUUUAAUAAUAUAAAUGCCAAGUUCUUUUGUUAGUGACUCAUUUAAUUCUUCAGAAUUACAAAAUCUUUGGAAGAGUUGUACACCCAACUAAAAUGCAUGCUUUAAUUUGUGUUAUUUAUUUGAAGAGUCGCAAUCUUAAAACAUUCAUCACAUAAUCAUUUAUACUUUGUCUCAGAAUGAGAUUUAAUCAAAUUAAGUUUUCCAUUGUUCAGACAUACUGUCCGUAUUCCAUAUUUCAAUAUCCUGUCUCAGAAAUUAGUAAUGGGACCCUGUUCAUUCUUUAAUUUUUAUUAUUUUGCCUAUCUGAUCUUUUCUGUUAUGGAAGUUUUAAACUGAAUAAAACAGUAUAUAAUCAGAAAA